UUUCACAUUAUUAUCUGAAUUCAUUCAGCGAUGAAGAUAUAUUUUACAACUAUAAAUAACAGGCGGAUCUAAUCUACUGUAAAAAUAAAGUCAUUUCAUUCUGGAAAAUUAGAAGUUUGUGCUCAUUUGUACAUAAUCAGCUGCAUGUCUGCAUCCACAAUACAACCUCGGAUCUUCUAUGGUCUGAAAAAUGGCAUAAUUGGCAGUGCCUCAUAUAUUUCAGAAAAUGAAAUAUUAUAUCCUGCUGGUGGGGUUCUGAUAGUACACAAUUAUACACAGAAACUACAACGCUACAUAAAACUUGAAGAAAAAGACAAACAUGUCAAUAUUAUAUGUGUAAGUCCAUCAAGGAAAGUAGCAGCAGUGGCAGAGAGAGGGGGUAAACCUUCCAUAUCUAUUUAUGACCUUACCACGCUGAAGAAGAAAAAUAUUUUGAGGCAGUUGACAGAAACAGCAGCACAGGAGUACGUUUCUUUAUCAUUCUCCUUUGAUGGGAAGUUCCUGGCAGCCAUUGUGGGAGACCCAGACUGGACCCUGAUAUACUUCCAAUGGGAGAAGGGAAAAAUAGACAGCAUGACCAAGGCCAGGAACCCAACAACUUCAGGACAUGUGACUCAGGUGGCAUGUAACCCAACAGACAGUUCCGUCCUUGUUAUUGUUGGACUGCAACUAUUCAGACUACUUUGUGCAACAGAGAAGACUUGGCGUCAGUAUGGAUGGUCGAAGGCUGAUUCACUGAACAUCACAAGCGUGGCAUGGCUGACAUUUGACAGUGUCAUAGCAGGCACCAGCAACGGUAACCUGCUGCUUGUGGAGAAUGGAGAGCUGAAAGCUAUCUACAGAGCAAUGGAUCUGACAGACAUAAACAUGAAGCUCCAUACGGAGGCAGUUUCGGUAUCAGCUUUGAGACUUGUGGUCUCCAGAGACCACGUUCCUCAUCCAGAACUGGCAGUGCGAGCACUCAUCAACUUUACAAAAGGGUUCGCAUUUGCUUGUGGCUCUGGUAUGGUACACCUGUUUGAAAGGGAAACAAGCAGCAAGUACAGCAAGAGGAACGUGUUCCUCAUCCCGGAACCUGAAUUCCAGGAACCUGGCAAGGAGGAUCUCAACACAGUGCAGGCUCUGAGCAUCAGCCCUCAAGAGGACCAACUGCUGGCCACUGCCAUGUGGUCACAGAUGUUCUCAGUGAAGCUCUGGGGUCCCAGCAUCACCCAGGCUCAGGAAAUCCCAUUCAAAAUCGUGGGUGAACAGUUACACUACGGGCCCAUAACAGGUCUGUCCGUGUGUGCAUGGAAGCCCCUUUUUAUGACUUGUGGGCAGCUGGACAGGACGGUCAGCGUGUGGAACUACGAGACUGGAAUGCAGGAGCUUAUGAAGCGGUACCAGGAUGAGAUAUUCUCAGCAGCCAUUCACCCUACAGGCCUGUAUGCUCUGAUUGGCUUCUCUGACAAGUUACGGUUCAUGGUCAUGACUUUAGAUGACAUGCGCCCAUGUCGUGAGUUCUCCAUCCGCGGCUGCCGAGAGUGUUGCUUCAGCAAUGAUGGGCACCUGUUUGCUGCGGUCAAUGGCAACACCAUCCAGGUGUAUUCAUCUGUGUCAUUUGAGAAUAUGCACAACCUGAAAGGACACAAUGGGAUGAUUAGGGCACUGGUCUGGACUCAGCAGGACAUGAAGCUGGUGUCCUGUGGGACUGAGGGAGCGUUAUAUGAAUGGGACAUGUCCUCUGGCACAAGGAUUGGUGAGAUCAUCACCAAGGGAUGCAUAUUUAGCAGUGCUGCAGCAACUACUGAUGGCAAGACCUCAUUUGGCACUGGCAUUGAUGGAAGCCUCAUGGAAGUUACCGGAUCAACGAUCACACAAACCAUCAAUCUAACAGGGCAACAGCUGGACUGCAUAGUGCUGUCCCGUUCGAACCAGAUGAUGUUCCUUGCCGCUCAUAAUGGCAGUGUGCUCUCUGUCAAAUACCCACUACAGGAACCUGUCCAGUACACAGACCACAACAUGCACAGUCACCCCAUCACAAGGAUGUGCAUGUCAUGUGAUGGCCUGACCCUGAUCACCUGCUCAAUGGAUGGGACCAUCUGCAUCUGGAAAGUAGCACCCACUAAGGGCAGAACAGUGGAGAUGGACAGGGAGUUCCAGCCAUCAACUGAUGUCCUGAUUAGCAAGGCAGACCUACUAGACAAGAUUCAGUUGAUCAAGGACUUGUCAGUGCGGAUGCAUGAGUUGGAGUCAGAACAGGCAUACAAGGCGCAGAAGAGUGACUCGUUGCAUGCUCAGGAAGUGAAAGAGCUGCAGGAGGGCUACUGCCAAGCUAUCAAGGAGCUGAAGGAGAAAAACGAGCAAUUGGAAUCAGACCACACAGCAGAACUCAACAGCAGCAAUGAAAACAUGUCCAAGAUGAAAGAAGCCCAUGAACAAGCAAUCAUGGCUCUCGAGGCAAAUUUCAAUGAGAAGCUCAUUGUGGAAUAUAAUAAGUAUCAGACCCUGGAGGCACACACCAACAAGAUCAGUGAGGACUACGAGAGAAAACUGCAAGAGCUCUCCCGCCAGAGGAAAGACGAGCUCAGUUCAACAACAGAGCAGUACAAGACGCAACUGGCACAAUGCAACCUGCUAAUAGCAGAGCUGCACAAUGAGGUGGACCGACGGAUACGAGAGAAUGAGGCCACCACACAGCACAUUGAGGACGAUGCAGACCAUGAGAUUGUGGAGCUCAAGACAGGCUAUGAGAAACUGUUGCAUGAGGAGAGAGAAACAAACCUGCGGCUGAGAGGGGAGACAGGCGUCAUGAGGAAAAAGUUUGUAAGUGCCCAGAGAGAGAUAGAGGAGUUCAGGCUCCACGUGUACACACUGCAGCAGGAGCAACAGAGGCUUGAGCAGACAACUGCCAGGCUGCAGCAUGAUGUCUCAGAGCUCAAGAGGGAGAUGAAGGAGCGGGACAGCACCAUCCAGGACAAGGAGAAACAAAUUUAUGACCUGAAAAGGAAAAACCAAGAGAUGGAGAAAUUUAAGUUUGUUCUGAACUACAAGAUUACAGAGCUCAAGAACCAGACUGAACCAAAGGACCAGGAGAUCAGAGCCAGGAGGGAACAGAUUCAAGAGAUGGACGCAGAGCUGGAAAACCUACAGAGACUCAACACGAGCCUAGAACUUCAGUUGGCAGAAGUGCGAGGGAAACUGAAAGCAACCGGCAAAGAACUCAUGUCUGAGCGUGAGAGGAACCAAGAAGCACGUACGCUCUUCAGGCAUAUCAGGUUUGACCUACACAAUGCAUCAGGUCUGAUACAAGAACCCAAGGAACUGAAGGACACUGUGAAGGUACAUGCCCCUCCAUGGCAUUUGGUUUGGGCUUUCUUUACGAGUUCAUGUGGCAACUCCCUGUAUGUUUCCAUUCAGUGUGCAUCUGACUAUACAGAGGCCUCGCACUUCCUGUCGCGUAGGAACUCUGCUGUCAACCAGGACAACAUAGCACAUACUCUCACACAGCAGAACCAGCUCAGCUACUCUGGACAAAUAACACUGCCAAGAAGUGUGCUAUCCCAUUUGAUGGUGACCUGUAUCCCACGACAUAUGUUGCAUCACAUUAUGGGGAGCCUGUGUAGAGUGGGCUGCAUUCUGGUGUGUCCACAGCACCUGCACCACAAAUACGGUCAGGACACAGGCUUCAUCAGGAGUCAAGGGCAGGAUGUCAAAGCUCAGAUGGAAUUCAUGCGGCAGAGAGAACACCUGGAACACACUGUGGCGUCCCUGAAGCGGCAGGUGUACAAGAGCACAUCAGCCAAGCGGGACAAUGUCUCCAAAAUUAUGCAUGAGAACACAACUUUAAUCAUAGAGCUUAAUGACCUGCGUAAGGAACUGAAGGCCGCACAUAAGAAAAUCAGUGACAUGGAGUCUAUCCUGGGAACAAGCAGCAGGUAUACGAACCCUAAGGAAGCGCAGGCCCGCCUCCAGAGAGCAGUGCAGAGCCAUGAAGACAUCCACACUAAAAUCAAGGUGAGUCUGUUUGAUGACUGGAAGGAGGAGAAGGAAUGCAUGAUCUCAAUGCUAAAUGAGAAGGUGGACCACCCAGCGGCCACGCUCACUAGGAGAGAGCAGGAGCAACACCAGAGGGAGAACAACUAG